ACGGCAAAUGAGUAUCACAUUGAUCAUAAUUGAAAAAAUUUUUUUUUUCGCAUACAGGAACAUUUAAAAAAUGCCGUUAGUUUCAACAACCCAACUUAUCAAAUUGCAAUCAAAAGUUGAAAAUAUAAGGAAUAUAUGUAUUUUAGCACACGUUGAUCAUGGAAAAACUACUCUUUCAGACUCAUUAUUAGCUUCUAAUGGAAUUAUUUCUACUAAAUUAGCUGGAAAAGUGAGAUAUCUUGAUAGUAGAGAGGACGAACAAGAAAGGGGAAUAACGAUGGAAGCUAGUGGAAUAUCAUUAUACUUUAAUGUCUUAAGAAAAUCUCUGGAAGGACAAGAAAGUUCUGAUGAUUAUCUGAUAAAUCUUAUUGACGCACCCGGACAUGUUGACUUUUCUAGCGAAGUUUCGACAGCAUCAAGACUAUGUGAUGGUGCAUUAGUUCUCGUUGAUGUUGUUGAAGGAGUUUGUACACAGACACACGCAGUGCUCCGACAAGCAUGGCUUGAAAAUGUUCAACCCGUACUAGUAUUAAAUAAAAUUGACCGACUUAUAACUGAAUUAAAGUUAACACCUCAGGAAGCAUACAUUCAUUUAAAUAAAAUACUUGAACAAGUAAAUGCUAUUAUGGGAACCUUUUUUGCUGGUGAUAUAAUGGAAGAAGAAACUAGAAGACAUGAAGCUGAAAAGGAGAAGCUUCUACAACAAGGAAAUGAACAAAUAGAGGUGGAUAAUAUAUCAGCUGAGUUGUCGUUGGAAGAUCGGGAUGAUUCCAAGAUUUAUUUUACACCAGAUUCGGGAAAUGUUGUUUUUGCUAGUGCAAUUGAUGGUUGGGCAUUUAGAGUCGAAAAUUUCGUUCAAUUUUAUGCCGCGAAGCUAGGUAUGAAAGAAAAUAUACUACGUAAAGUACUUUGGGGUGACUAUUAUCUUGAACCAAAAACGAAGCGACUAUUACAACAUAAACAUUUGAAGGGUCGACAAUUAAAACCCUUGUUCGUUCAACUGGUUUUGGAAAAUAUUUGGUCAAUUUAUGAUUCUAUUAUUAUAAAUAACAAUCGAGAAAAAAUCGAAAAAAUUGUUAAGACGCUUAACUUGAAAAUUUUACCGAGAGAUAUGAGAUCAAAGGAUACACGUAAUUUGUUAACCACGAUAUUCACUCAAUGGUUACCAUUGUCAUCAGCUGUAUUACUGACUGUUAUAGAUCAGCUUCCAUCACCCGUUGUUGCUCAGCCUGUGCGCCUUCCGAAAAUGUUAUAUCCGAAUACAGAUAUGCCAGAAAAGCCUGCGAAUGAAAACGAAAAAGCUUUAUUUAGUUGCGAUUUUAGCGAUACCGCGCCUAUUAUUGCUUAUGUUUCAAAAAUGUUUGCUAUUCCUUCAAAUAUGUUACCGGAGAAUAGAAGAAGACAGUUAACUGCAGAAGAAUUAAGGGAAAGGGGAAAAGCUCACAGAGAACGUUUACGUGCUUUAAAUGGCCAAUCUGAAGAAUCAGUUUCUGAAACAUCGUCAACGACUUCAACCUUAACAUCACCUGAAUCCUUAGAUGAAUCCGUUGAAAAAAUUAAAGUUUCUUCUCAAACGGAUGAAGAUGGUGAAGUUGAUCAACCUAAAACGACCAAAGAAACUUUCGUAGGCUUUGCUCGUCUAUAUUCUGGAACUAUUCGUGUUGGACAGAAACUUUACGUUUUAGGUCCAAAAUAUGAUCCUACCUUUCCAGAUAAAUUUUGCUCUGAAAUAACAGUUGAAAAUCUUUAUCUAAUGAUGGGACGAGAACUAGAGGCUUUAAAAGAAGUGCCUGCCGGUAAUGUUUUCGGUAUUGGUGGACUUGAAGGUCAUAUAUUGAAAAAUGGUACCUUGAGUAGUACUAAAGAUUGUAAAAGUCUUGCCGGUGUCUCAAUGGAGUCUGCACCAAUUGUUCGAGUCGCCCUUGAACCUGCUGAACCAUCUGAAAUGGGGAAGCUAACCGAAGGACUUCGCUUGUUAAAUCAAGCAGAUCCAUGUGUUGAAGUCCUUGUGCAAGAAACCGGAGAACAUGUGAUUUUAACGGCUGGUGAAGUGCAUCUUGAGCGUUGUUUACGAGAUUUAAGAGAACGAUUUGCAAAAAUCGAAAUUCAAGUCUCUCCUCCUAUAGUUCCGUUUAGAGAAACGAUAGUUCCUGUACCAGAUAAUCAACAAAUCAAGGAAAAGGACAAUGCACAACGUGGUUUGGUUACACUUUCUACGACGAAUAAAUAUUGCACUAUUAAAGUGAGGGCUGUUCCAUUGCCGCAAAAUGUUACGACUUUUCUGGGCAAAAAUGCUAUUACUAUAAAAUCCAUUUUGGAUGAACGUCAACAGCGUAAUAAAAUUGAAACACAGUCUAUCGAAGACGAGGAGGAUACUUUUAAGGAUGUGACUAUUAAAGGAAACCGCAUAUUAGAAGUGGACGAGUUUCUUGAUCAAUUGGAAGCUGAAUUUAAUAAAGCUUCUGACAAAGAAAUUUGGAAAGAUAUCGUUGAUAACAUCUGGGCAUUUGGACCAAAACGUGUUGGUCCAAACUUAUUAAUAAAUCAUGUCCCAAAUUAUAAACGAAAGUUUUCAUGGAGAAAAUAUCAUCAGGAAGUGAAUGAUGAAGUAAAUGAGGAAGUUCUCUCUGAAGAUAAUUCUUCAAAAAAAUAUGAAUUAUCAAUUCGUGAUUUUGUUGAAGGGAUUCACACGGGAUUCCAACUUGCCACAAAAUCAGGUCCACUUUGCGCUGAACCAUUAAUGGGAGUUGCAUAUUUUUUAGAAGAUUUCACAAUAAAUACAAAUGACGAAGAUGUUGAUAUAUCUGAAAUUCGAAGUAAAUUAGGUGGACAAAUUAUAACUACAAUGAGAGAUGCAUGCAAUAAGGGAUUUUUAGAAUGGUCUUCCCGAUUAAUGUUGGCUAUGUACUCUUGUGAUGUUCAAGCAACUACCGACACUUUAGGUCGUGUAUAUGGUGUAAUAUCAAGACGUCGAGGACGUAUUACUUCCGAAGAAUUAAAAGAAGGAACUACAUUUUUCCAAAUUUUUGCAUUACUUCCUGUAGUGGAAAGUUUUGGAUUUGCUGAUGAAAUAAGAAAACGGACUUCGGGUGCAGCUAGUCCACAACUAAUUUUUAGCGGAUUUGAAAUGUUAAAUGAAGAUCCGUUUUGGGUCCCAACAACUGAAGAAGAACUUGAAGAUUUGGGAGAGAAAUCUGAUAGAGAAAACCUUGCAAAGAGAUAUAUGGAAACUGUAAGAAAACGCAAGGGCAUGUUCAUUGAUAAGAAAAUAGUUGAGCAUGCAGAAAAACAGCGAACUUUAAAAAAGAAGUAACAGUAUAUUUCAAUAGCUAUCAAAGAAAAAAUAAUAUUUAACAACGAAACCAUAUUAUUUGGAUAAGAUCUAUUAUGUUGAAUUAUGUAGGAUAUAUUAUUGUAAUUCUUUUUAUGAUAGAUUAUUUAUAUCUUCUUGUACUCUUUAAAAUUAUUAUUAUAUUUUUAU